AAUGCUUCCAGUCGCCACUUAUAGAGCGCCGGCCACGUCCUGAGUGCACUCGGCCAGCCCCUGAACUGAUGGACAGUUACAAAUCCGAAAUUUUGCAACCCGGAACUCAUAACUGACGGGAGUAUUUGUGAAAUCCAGCGUCUGCUUGCAGGUCGGAGAGGCAACCUGGAGGAGAAGGGAUGAUAUAAUCAUAGCGUCCCUGGUGUUAGAAUAAUCGAUUAUAAUAAUGAGAUUCUCGAACAAGAUGGAGGCUACGUGCAGGUUGCUGAUUAUGCUGGCUGUUGUGAUGGUCUCAAUGGCUAUCGUAGAGGCCGGAGACGAUUCGUAUACCAGAGUCCGGACUCGACGGGACCUGAUUGGCUUGGGGAACAUGAUCAGUAGCGUGACUGGCAAGGGGCUGUUCGGUGUCAUGACCACGUACAACGGCUACGGCUGUUACUGCGGGAUUGGUGGACAUGGUGAACCGGUGGAUGACGUAGACAGAUGCUGCCAGACACAUGACCAAUGUUUCACAACUGCACAGAAAGGAGUAUGCUCCACUUCGAAGAAAACCAUCUACAGCCAGUCCUACAAGUACAAAUCCAAAGACACCUCUAAUAAUAAAAACGGCGUGCACGCUGAAAUAGAGUGUACUCCAGUCUCUCACUACAAGAAAGACAGUGCGGCCCAGGCGCUGUGCUCCAAGACGAUCUGCGAGUGCGACCGACAGGUGGCGUCCUGCUUGGCCACGCACAAACACAACGACAAGAACAGAGGCUACGACAGAAAGAAAUGCGGAUACUAAAAAAGGCUGUUCAUCCAAAUGCUCAAGAGAAUAUCAAAAGGUUCAUUUGUGGAGAUAGUCAAAUGAAAUCCUGAAAAUGAAAAUAAAAAAACCGGAACUUUCACGAUAUUGACGAUGGGUUCUUCCAUUGGUCAUUCGACUCAUUUUUUUGUGGACAAAAUCGAGCGUUUACAUUUUCAUAAGACCUUGUUUGCAUGUUGAUAACUUCAAUCCGAAACUGAACACAUGAAAAUAUGGCAGAACAAAAACAGUUCGAGAGGCUUGAAGGAGUUGAGGUUUUCUUGGCAGUUAUAAUCAAAAUUUAUAUUUAGACAAUAUGCAUGAAAGGGACAGAUACAGCGUCCCAAAUUGUGUUUUUACGAUUGUGAGUGUUUUUUUUCUCGACGUUAGUCAUGCGUUAGCAAAUGAAAAGACUUGGAAUCACAUCAAAUACUUUUUUUUCAGGAAAAAGUAAUAAUUUAGAUUGGUUGAAACGCAAGUUUAUUUUAAUGUACAGUUUUGAUGGUACACACGAUGCGGCCUUUGUUUUCCGAUUGGCUGAUAUUGUCACAUGACACCGGAGCUUUGCUGUAAGCAACAUGCGUUCCCUUGACACAUGGGUAUUUUCACUAUGGCCACAACAUAAGAUAUUAGGCUUUGCAUGGUGGAGUAUUGAUAUCGUUUCGGUUUGCGGUAACACCAUGUCACAACUACUGCUUAGAAGAUAUAGUUAUGAAAAGGACUUUUCCUGCUCCGUUAAGUUCUUUUAUAACUUAAGGCAUGACUGUUCUUAUCAGAACUAAAAGUACUUAGCGAAAGUUGUAAAUAAGCAGGACAAGUUCUUUUCAGAACUAAAUAUCUUCUAAGCAGUAUUUAUUACCACAUUGUGUUACUGCAAACCGAAACGAUAUCUCCAACUGCAGUUGGUGAGGUUUGCUUUCAUAUAUAGCCCCGAAUUGGCACGCAAACACUGUAAUUAUAAUGAUGUGAAUACUGACAGAUGAGAAUGAUAUUAUACUUCACUUUCCGUAGACCUCACAGUGGAUCAUAUGUUUGUUAAUGCUAUCAAAGUAUUAACCUCGAAAAAUAUUACUACUAUCAAAAAGUUUCGUAAUACAUGUACAAUAGCACAUUAAGGAUUAAAAAUGUAAUCCCGAUGAUUGUGUUCUUAUAUUUGUAAUCAUGCAUGCAAUAAUUAAUAUCUAACUACAUGUAUAUAUCUAAAUAUUUUUAACUUUCAAAUUCAAAAUGUGCUGCUUCUGUUUUCGACGUCUGUCUAUUAUACCUUUUGUUUUUAAGAGUGAGAUCUAUUGUGUGUAGAUUAUCAUCGAAGUAUUGUGAUAUUAUUCUUCAACGUGACUAUUAAAUAUCCAUACAGUAGAACAAAUGAA